CUCAGGACUCUCAGUGGCGCCUCCAAGCCGUCCGUCGCCACCACCGUGGGUUGAGGAUGCUACGCCGUCACCGCGCUGGUUCGGCCGGCUGAUGCCGUGCUUUUCACGGCCAGGGCUGCCUCAGUGGUCAGCAGCCCUGUGGCGGCUGCGUAGCCCCCGUGGCUUGUGCACGUGCCCUGGGGGCCCCAAGUCGCCGCCGCCGCCGCCGAGGUGUUGGACUAACUAACAAGAUGCCCGGCGGACGUCGAGGACUCGUCGCGCCGCAAAACACCUUCCUCGAGAAUAUCAUUCGAAGAUACAACUCCCUGCCUGUCCACCUGAACGCGGACUGCAGCUUCUUGUUGGCAAACGCGCAAAUCGUGGACUACCCGAUCGUCUACUGCUCGGAGACUUUCUGCAAGAUCUCCGGCUACAAUCGAGCCGAAGUGAUGCAGAAAAGCUGCCGAUGUUCCUUCAUGUACGGGGAGCUCACCGAUCGGCCGACUAUAGGCAAGGUGGAGCACUGCCUAGACGCUCACACACAAGAACAGGUCGAGAUUCUACUCUACAAGAAGAACAGAACACCACUAUGGCUCCUGCUGCACAUUGCGCCAAUAAAGAACGAGAAAGACGUAGUCGUCCUCUUCCUCCUCACCUUCAGAGACAUCACGGCCCUCAAGCAACCACUGGAGGACGACGUCUCGAAAGCCGGUUUGAGCAAGUUCGCAAGACUUGCCCGUUCCGUGACUCGCAGUCGCUCUGUGCUGGUUCAGUUCUCGUCUCACCUUCCCGCCAUCAAGGCGGACUCCUCCCGCCAGUCCCAGCUGGCGCACAUGAUCAGCCUGAAUGCCGAGGUGCUUCCUCAGUACCGGCAAGAGGCCCCCAAGACCCCGCCCCACAUCCUUCUCCACUACUGUGCCUUCAAGGCUAUCUGGGACUGGAUCAUCCUUUGCCUCACCUUCUACACCGCCAUCAUGGUUCCUUACAACGUUGCCUUCAAAAACAAGACCAGCGAGGACGUGAGCCUCCUAGUCCUCGACUCAAUCGUCGACGUCAUCUUCUUCAUCGACAUCGUGCUCAACUUUCACACGACCUUCGUCGGUCCCGGCGGAGAGGUCGUCUCCGAUCCCAAAAUCAUUCGCAUGAACUACCUCAAGUCAUGGUUCACGAUCGACCUCCUGUCCUGCUUGCCGUACGACGUGUUCAACGCCUUCGACAACGGCGAAGACCAGCAAGGCAUCGGCUCCCUAUUCAGUGCUCUCAAAGUGGUGCGCCUAUUACGGCUCGGUCGCGUAGUGCGCAAGCUGGACCGCUACCUGGAAUACGGUGCUGCCAUGCUCAUCCUUCUACUUUGCUUCUACAUGCUUGUGGCUCAUUGGCUGGCCUGUAUCUGGUACAGCAUUGGACGUAGUGACGCGGAGAAUGGUGUCCAGUUCUCGUGGCUAUGGCGGCUGGCCAAUGUAACGCAAUUUCAGUUUCGGAUUCGGUAUCUCAACCAUUCGCAGUUGGGUGUGAAGGCCGAACUGGUGGGGGGCCCUCCGCGCGGCACGAUGUAUGUGACUUCACUCUAUUACACGAUGACGUGUAUGACCAGCGUCGGUUUCGGCAACGUCGCUGCUGAGACAGACAACGAGAAGGUGUUCACCAUAUGCAUGAUGAUCAUCGGGGCCUUAUUGUACGCGACCAUCUUUGGCCAUGUGACGACCAUCAUCCAGCAGAUGACAUCAGCGACUGCAAGGUACCACGAGAUGCUGAACAACGUACGUGAGUUCAUGAAAUUGCACGAAGUGCCCAAGGCACUGAGCGAACGCGUCAUGGACUACGUGGUAUCCACGUGGGCCAUGAGCCGUGGCAUCGACACCAAGAAAGUUCUCAGCUACUGUCCCAAGGAUAUGACGGCCGAUAUCUGCGUGCACCUGAACCGAAAAGUGUUCAACGAGCAUCCGGCCUUCCGGUUGGCGAGCGACGGCUGCCUCAGGGCCCUCGCGAUGUACUUCAGCAUGGACCACUCUGCACCAGGGGACCUGCUUUACCACACAGGGGAGAGCAUAGACACACUCUCCUUCGUUGUUGCUGGAUCUUUAGAGGUGAUCCAGGACGACGAGGUGGUGGCGAUCCUGGGCAAGGGCGACGUGUUUGGAGACGCCUUCUGGAAGGAGCCAACCAUCGGGCAGUCGUGCGCCAACGUGAGAGCCCUCACCUACUGUGACUUACAUUCCAUCAAGCGCGAUAAACUGCUCGAGGUUCUCAACUUCUAUCACGCCUUCGCCAAUUCAUUUGCACGCAACCUGCUACUCACCUACAACUUAAGACACCGGCUCAUUUUCCGUAAAGUAUCCGACGUGAAGCGCGAAAAAGAGCUGGCCGAGCGACGCAAGCACGAACCACUGCAGGAGUUGUCCCAAGACCACCUGGUACGCAAGAUCUUCUCCAAGUUCCGCAAGAACGGCGACCACCGGCCUGCUAACCAGGUCGCCGCUCUGCCGUCUCCGGACAUAGAGAGGGGCACCAGCCCGGCAACCACGCAAGACUCCGCGGCCAAUCCCACCAGCAAGGUGGUCCACAUCUCCGAGACUGGUAGCGGAGGUCCCAAGCUCUCUCGCUGGGCAACGCUUCGCUCCGACUCUACAGGAGGCGGAGGCGACAACAAGGAGAAUCAAUGUGCCGAUAACCAACCGCAGAAACCUGCACCGCCGCCGCCGCCGCCCAAGGAAGCACCGACUCCACCAAAGACACCUUCUACUCCGGCUCCCAACGGAGCUGUUUCUCUUCGUGGGUUCUCCAAGUGGGCCAAGUCCAUGAGUUCCAAGCACGAAACCAUCGAAGAGACGGCCGAACCAGAGUCGUCCAAUUCCGUAGGUGAAGCUUCCAACGGUGGCCCUCCUCAGAGACCUCCACCUUUGCCGCCACCUCAGAGUGGUGAUCUUGUACUGUCGCCUCCUCGUGGAAGCAGUCAGGACUACCAACACCUUUUGGCUAAUCUCAUGGACAUGCGUGUGGAUCUCAAGAUGGAGAUUCAGCGACUACACGUCAAGGUGUCUCGAAUAGAUGACCACCUUACGGAGUUGGUGAAAGUGAUGGCCCCAUCGUCUUCGCGAGUCUCCGAAGACGCUGGGGAUGCUUCCAAGACUCGUGGGGGGGACAAAGGGACUCGUGGGCACUCGCUCAAACGCAAAUCGAGUCAUAAGUCUAAGUCGUCGCCCGGUGCCGAGUCUGCUGUGCGUGCUAUGCUCGAGACGGAAAUUGAGCAACAGGACGAACAACCCAAGGACACUGGUGCUACGACGGAGGAGAAACAGCAAUAGUGUUGAGGAAAGUCGUUGGAGGGAUCCCGAAACACACACGUGCAUGCAUUACGAAUGCCUUACAAAUAAUGGACGAGCGCUUUGCUGAAACGCUGAACGUUGCCAAAUUUCAUCACCUAGCCAAGUUUUAGACGACUACAUGCCUGCGACAGCUUCACCUUGUAGUUGAUACUACGACCCAUCAUGUAGAGAGAUAAGCAAGCAUAACAGCGUGUAGUAGAGAAUUGUGCAUCACAUCAGCAAACACAUAUUCUAGUCCAUCAUAAUAAGGCAAGUUUAAUUGUUUUGGUAGCUGUCGUCCAGUAUUCACCGGCCCUAUGUCUGUGACUAUUUCGUUUACCUAUCGAAGACCCUGUAGCCAUGUAAGGGCAAGGUAGCCUCGUAGCAAGGCAAAGCCCGGUAAGGGUGUAGCAAGGUAACGUGAGGAGCCACAGAAUUCCCUUGGACAAUAAGCGCAUCGGUCUGCA